AUGUCACCAAAAAAUAAGUCAACAUACCAAUUACCUUUGACACCUCCAUCUUCUACUGUUAAAAGGAGAGGAACGUCGAACUCAUGUUUAGAACCAAUAAACGUUAAUAUAAAACCGAAGAAAUUACUAUCUGAGUUGAAAAAAUCUUCACAGUUAUCAUCUCCAGCUUCUCCGUGUAAAAUAAGGAAGAUCACUAGGAAGCCAACUUUAAAAUAUCGUCCAAUUGUCAAUACCAUAUUUAAUGUCCAAGAUUAUCUAGAUGGUAUCAGUAAGAGCAAAAAAGACAACGAAAAAAAUCUUGAAUUUUUAAAAUGUUCUUUCAAAUAUUCUAAUAAAAUUAUUGUCAUCGCAGGAGCUGGGAUUUCUACAGCUACAGGUAUCCCUGAUUUCAGAUCCAACUCAUCCUCUAAAGAAGGAUUAUUAAUGAAUAAAGAAACGAAAUCAUUGUUCGAUUAUAAUUAUGUAUAUUCAAAUGAUGACUCAAUUGAAAAAUUCAACAAGUUGAUGAAUCAUUUAAACCAUUUAUCAAAUACAGUCAAACCAACAAAAUUCCAUCAUUUCUUAAAUGACUUACUAGAGAAAAAUAAGAUUCAAAGAAUUUAUACGCAAAAUAUCGAUGGUCUUGAAAAGAAAGCGGUGUCAUCCAAUUAUAAUAAUAAAAUUGUUCAAUUACAUGGAGAUAUUAAUUUUAUGACAUGUAAUUUUUGUCAUAUUAGAACAUCUUAUGAUCCGACUUUAUUUGAAAACCAACUAAUUCCUGAUUGCCUUUACUGUAUGGAAAACCAAAUGAUUAGGAGAAAUGCCGGGUUAAGAGCAAGAAGUAUAGGGAAAUUUAGACCAUCGAUCGUGUUAUAUAAUGAAUUACAUCCAUCAGGUGAGGAAAUCAUGCAAUUCAAUAAGAUUGAUUUGAAAAAAUUCCCUGAUUUGUUGGUUAUAGUGGGGACUACAUUGAAAAUUCCUGGGGUUAUAUCAAUGGUUAAAAAUUUCGUUACUAAAAUUAAAUCUAGAAAAAAUGGGAUUAUCUUAUUUAUUGCGAAUGAACUUCCUUCUCAAAGAAUUAUUGAUAUAAUUGGACACAUUGAUUUGAUUGUCUUAGGUGACUGCCAAGCCAUACCUGAUCUUGUCGAAUAA